AUGUCUACCGCCUUGGUUUGUGACUUUAAACAUCUGACACGCGGUGAUGUCGCGCUGGUCGGCGGGAAAAUCUCGUCCUUGGGCGAGAUGAUCAGCCGUCUCGCAAGCCAGGGCAUUCCCGUGCCGCCUGGGUUUGCGACCACCUCUCACGCCUACUGGCAGUACGUUGACGCCAACGGGAUCCGAGAGAAAAUUGGUAGUUUGUUGGCGGAAUGGCAGGCCGGGCGCGAGACCCUUGCCGAGACGGGCUGGGCAGUCCGUCGAUUGUUCAUCCGCGGCGAGUGGCCGGCUGAUGCGGCGGCCGCCAUCACCACCGCCUACAAGAAGCUCUCGGCCGAGGCUCGGAUUGAUAACCUGCCUGUUGCCGUCCGGUCCAGCGCGACGGCUGAGGAUCUUCCUGACGCUAGCUUUGCCGGCCAGCUGGAGUCGUACUUGAACAUUACUGGCGAAGACCGGCUUCUGGACGCCUGUCGCCGAUGCUAUGCCUCGCUGUUUACCGACCGAGCCAUUAGCUACCGCCAGACCAAGGGAUUUGACCACACCAGCAUUGCCCUCUCAGUCGGUGUGCAGCAAAUGGUCCGCUCGGAUGCCGGUGGUUCUGGCGUCAUGUUUUCCAUCGACACGGAGAGCGGGUUCGACAAAGUCGUGCUCAUCAACGCGGCCUGGGGUCUUGGGGAGAACAUUGUGCAAGGAACCGUAAACCCGGACGAGUAUCAAGUCUUCAAGCCGCUUCUGAACGACACCGGUCUGGUCCCCAUCAUCCAGAAGAAGCUAGGCGGCAAGGCGACCAAGAUGGUCCUUGGACGGAGUCGCCACCAGCCCACUCGCAAUGUUCCCACCUCCAAAGCCGAGCGCGCGGCGUUUGUUCUCACCGACGACGAGAUUCUCGCGCUGGCACGCUUGGCUUGCACCAUUGAGAAGCACUACGGCUGUGGGAUGGACAUGGAAUGGGCCAAGGAUGGCAUCACAGGCGAGCUGUUCAUCGUCCAGGCCCGACCCGAGACGGUGCACUCCCGUCAGGACCCUGCCGUCCUCAAAACGUACAGUGUCAAAAAGAAGGGGCGUGCUCUAGCCACGGGUCUGUCGAUCGGUGAUGCCGCGGUGGCAGGGCACCUCUGUCUCAUCGAAGACGCCAAAGACAUCGACAGGUUCAUCGACGGCUCCAUCCUGGUGACGGUGGCAACCGACCCAGACUGGGUGCCCAUCAUGAAGCGCGCGGCAGCCAUCAUCACCGACCACGGCGGCCGCACCUCCCACGCCGCCAUCGUCAGCCGCGAGCUUGGCGUCCCGGCCGUGGUGGGCACAGGCGACGCCACCUACGUGCUGCACACCGACCAGGAAGUCACCGUCUCGUGCGCCGAAGGCGACGUCGGUUUUGUCUACGAGGGCGUUUCCGACAUCACCACCACAACAAUCGACCUCACCGACCUCCCGCCCGUCCGGACAAACAUCAUGCUCAACCUUGCCAACCCCUCCGCGGCAUACCGCUGGUGGCGCCUCCCCGCCGACGGCAUCGGCCUGGCAAGGAUGGAGUUUGUCGUCUCCAACGCCAUCCAGGUCCACCCCAUGGCGCUGGUACAUUUUGACAGGCUCAAGGACGAGAAGGUCCAAGACCAAAUCGUCAAGCUGACGGUUGGGUACCCCCACAAACCGGAUUACUUUGUCGACAAGCUCGCCCACGGCCUGGCGGCCCUCUGCGCGACUUUUUUCCCCAGACCGACCAUCAUCCGGCUCAGCGAUUUCAAGACAAACGAGUACGCGGGCCUGAUCGGCGGCGCUGAGUUUGAGCCUUUGGAAGAAAACCCCAUGCUUGGCUUCCGCGGCGCGUCAAGGUACUACUCCCCGCGCUACCGCGACGGUUUCGCGCUCGAGUGCCGGGCCAUCAAGCAGCUGCGCGAGGUGAUGGGGUUCACCAACGCGGUGGUGAUGGUGCCGUUCUGCCGGACGGUGGACGAGGCGAAGAAGGUGCUGGAUGUCAUGGCGGAGAAUGGGCUGCGGCGCGGGGAGGGAGGGCUGAAGGUUUAUGUCAUGUGCGAGAUACCGUCGAAUGUUAUCUUGGCCGAGAGGUUCACGGAGCAUUUUGACGGGUUUUCCAUCGGGUCGAAUGACUUGACACAGUUGACUUUGGGGGUGGACAGGGACUCGGGGUUGUUGGCUGAUUUGUUUGAUGAGCAGGAUGAGGCGGUCAAGUGGAUGAUUGCGAGGGUGAUCCGGGUGGCGAGGGAGAGGGGGUCAAAGGUGGGCAUUUGUGGGCAGGCGCCGAGUGAUCACCCAGAGUUUGCGAGGUUUUUGGUCGAGGCUGGGAUUGAUUCCAUUUCGGUGAUUCCUGACAGCUUUCUUGCUGUCAAGAGGCAUGUAGUUGAUAGUGAAAAGCCCUGA